AUGGAUCCCACCGCGGCCAAUAUCAAAGAUGGCAGCCUAGAAAAAUACUCAGGAAGAAAGCUAUUAUGUGUUACACUCCGUUUUUACGUGCGGUAUCGAAGCAAGAUCUCCUUCGGACUGGAUGACACAGUAAUCGGCCUGGCCAUGCUAGGCCAGCUUGCAUGGGCAGGCGUCAUAAUCGGUAGCUAUAAGCCUGUUCCCAACUCUACUAAGAAACUCCAGCUCCAUCCUGAGAUUGAUAUCUAA